AUGGUGAACGUUGCUAAAACUCAGCAGACUUUCUGUAGGAAGCGUGGCAAGCACCAACCCUACAAAGUGACACAGUACAAGAAGGGCAAGGAUUCUCUGUACGCCCAGGGAAAGCGGCAUUAUGACAGGAAGCAGAGUGGCUAUGGUGGGCAGACUAAGCCAAUUUUCCAGAAUAAGGCUAAAACUACAAAGAAGAUUGUGCUGAGGCUUGAGUGUGUCGAGCCUAACUGCAGAGCUAAAAGAAUGCUGACUGUUAAGAGAUGCAAGCAUUUUGAACUGGAAGGAGGUAAGGAGAGAAAGGGCCAAGUGAUCCAGUUCUAA